ACGAUAAAAAAUGUUUACAAAUGGCUGGCUCUAAUCGUGCAGUGCGUUAAAUUAGACGCAGUCCCCGGUUAAAAACCAGACAUGGGGUCUGGGUAUAGUAAAUCUAGUCAGGUGCAGGCAGUUCAUUUUGAACCAGAAGGAGACAAAUCAGAGUCAAGACCAUCUUCAGGCAGCGUCAAAAGGACCAAAUCCAGGAGCUCCAAAGAUGAGAGUGGUGUAAAUGAAGAUGUGAAAUUGAAAGAGGCAGAGAAGAGGAUUUUGGAGCUAGAAAAACAGUCGGCUGAGACAGAGAGUGAAAACCUUGAUCUACAGGACCGUGUACAGGGGCUGGAGUGUCAGCUUGACCAGGCAGCUAGACUACAAACUGUGCAGGAACUUGAAGAGCCAGAAGAUCUAACCGAGACCCUGAAAGCCAAGGACAUGUCCAUAGCUAAUGCCGAGAAGGAAAAGAAAGCUCUCCAGACAGAAUUAACAAAAAUGAAAAACCGAUACAGGAAGCGGAUCAAGACUCUGAUGAGCCAGGUGUCCGAGGCAAAACAGGAGCAGUCCAUCCAAAUGUUUGAGCUACGAGAUGAAAUCAGCCGGCUACGGGAGGAGAACAGGAAAGUUAGAGAAAAGAGCAAUUCUGCCUCCAGUAAAACAUCUGUUGAAGAGGAACCUCCGGGUGGUAACAAAAUGAUGAUUGUGGUGGAAUUGUCCAAUCAGGUUUCUGAGCAAGAAGAUACAAUCAACAAGCUGGAGAGAGAAAACAAAGAGAAACAGCUGAUAAUUGACAAACUUUUAGUUGAGUCUAAAAACGGAAGUAAAUUAAAAUAUUUUCCCUCGCCGAGGAGAGAAGAUUUAGAAAGAGAGAAAGAAACAGAGGAAAAGAAUUCUUUACAGAAAUUAUCAUCUGGACUAGGACAAUAUACAAAACCUCCUAUGUCUGGAGGGAACAACAGAAUGCCAGGAAAUGACAUUGACUUUGAGGACGAACGAAAUUGUUCUGGUGCUAGUCGUGACUCUGGUCUGGGAUCUGCCAGCAGAAACGGCAGAAAUCCUCCAAAGUUAACCUCAGGUUUAUCCAAGCUGUCCACUCUGUCCGACUCGGAUUGGGAAUCAGAUGAACCUUUGUCUGUACAGUCUAAAAUCCGGAGUGCUCCAGCCGAUGUCCAUGCCAAAAGGACAGCCUCCAGGUGUAGUACAAUUAGUUAUAAAACCACAGAAGAUGACUGUAUAUCUGUAGACGAUAGUGCCUCGGUAUCAUCAAUGACAAAGAAGUCAAAGAAAAUGUCAUACCUUCAGCGAAGGUUCCGACCAGAGAUUGGACACGGAGACUCUACAAGAUCACCACUGCCUACAAUGAAUGCAUUUGAAAAUGAGACUAGUUUACAAAGCAAACAUUUUUUCCUCACACAGUCUGGUUCGCCUAUCAGUGAAUCUGACCCAGUACCAGCACAUUGAAAACAGCACCAAACUACCCCCUUUAACACAUUCCAACAACCUAUUCCAUUUAAAGACAGCUAGAAAACUGUUACUUUCUGCAUUCCCUCAGUGUGAAGGUUUGAGGAAUUAUUAUUACAUCAUUAAAUCUUCAAAAAGAUUAGGAAAAUGUUGAAUAUGUAUUUGUGCUUAUUGCUUAUUGUAAGCCAUUGUUUGAUGUGACUGUAUCCAGGUCACACAUACUUUACAGAGAGAUCAUUUUAAGUUGUGUAACCUCAGUAUACUUGUUGCCACAUUUACAUAUAAUAGGCAUAAAGAGACAAAUACAUCCAUGCUACCAGGCAACAGGUCCAAGCAUCACUCUGGGGACUUAGUUCCUGCUUCAUGUCUUUGAAAUGGUUGAAAUCUCUACCCUUAAACUACAUAUCACAAUAGCUUAAAUAACAAAUACAACCAUGCUACUAGGAUCAGCCUUGGUGUCCAGCCAUGCCCCUGAUGUCUUAGUCUCUGGGUUAUAACUUAGCAUUGGUUGUAAUCAUAUUAACAAUUGCUAGGCAUGAAAAGAUAAGCAAUCAUGCUACCGGGAUGGCUACUAGGUCCAGCCAGGCCCCUGUAGGCUUAGUUCCUGGGUCAUUAAGUAAAUAAUUAUACAGUUAUAAGUACUAGGCAUAAGAAUAAGAAAGAGUCGUUGGGAGAAGGAAAUAAAAUGUUAUUUAAAGUAAGGAUCAAGUCCCAAAAAUGGGAAAUAUUGAGAAUUGAUGAUGUUUUGUUGUAUGUUUCAUUUACAUAUUAAUAAAGGGUUAUUUUUAUCAUGUGACAAUCAGCUCAAUGGUUUACUGUGAUAUGAUCCAUUAAGUCCAGGUGGUGCUGAUACUGCUGCACAUCAGCCUUACAAUACCACUACAUAUGUUCAACCUUAGAGAGUGUGAGUUAUAUACAACAAAGGAAUCGGGCGAGAUGUGCUAUGAUGGUACAUCUGCUCAUAGUGUGGUUUAUUUAUAUACACAUGAAUUGAUUCUUCCUGUGUUAACUUAAUUAUUAAACUGUUGAUCAUUUUUUC